AUGAGUUUACCGACCGACUUUGGCCCUGAUUCAGGCGGUAGAGUAAAGGGAUUAGUUAUAGUAAAACCUAUAGUAUACGGGAAUGUUGCUCGGUACUUCGGGAAGAAACGUGAAGAAGAUGGCCAUACACAUCAGUGGACGGUGUAUGUAAAACCUUACGCAAAUGAGGAUAUGUCAGCGUACAUUAAAAAGAUUCAUUUCAAAUUGCACGAAAGUUAUGCUAACCCUAACCGAAUAAUCACAAAACCGCCCUACGAACUAACGGAAACUGGCUGGGGAGAGUUUGAAAUUGUAAUAAAGAUUUACUUUCACGAUCCUAAUGAAAGACCAGUGACAUUGUACCAUAUUUUGAAACUUUUCCAAUCACCAGUAAGUGAGGGAAUGCCUCAAGUUGGACGAGCCCUGGUUAGUGAAUCAUAUGAAGAAAUUGUCUUCCAAGAACCUACACAGUUAAUGCAGCAUCUCUUGAAUAAUGUUAAACCAAUAACUAAUGGUCCUUGGUGUCAUGAUACAAACUUUGAGGAUAAAAAGGAAAAGACGCUGGAAAAAAUUAUUGCUGUACAAACAAAAGUGAGAAGUGAAAUUUCGGAGUUGAAAGAUAAACUGCAACUGGCAAAAGACACAAUAACCAAAUUCAAAGAUGAAAUAGCAAAAUUACAAAAUAACCCCGGAUCCAAUCUCCUAUCAGUUAUUUGA